AUGUUCGGCAGCUCUUCCGCGCCUGGAAAGGACAUCAAGGAAGACGAAGCGGCCGUCGAUGCCAAUUCCCUCAAUGAUACGCGCAAGGCACCCCCCAUCGACAUCCCCGGCGAGGCCAACGCUGCCGGCGAGAAACGCACCAGCACCGCAGGCAGCCCUUCCAACGGCAAGUCAGGCGAGGACGCUAGCCCGAGCAUCGAGAAGAAGCGAAGGAGCAGUGGUGUCUCGCGCGCAAGAGACAUGCUCAACAGCGCAAAGCAAUCGCUGCAUCUGCAGAGCUCUUCGCCCACCUCGUCCAACAUGGAGAAAGCCGCGCAAACCCCCAUCCAGAAACUGAGCAAGACGGAUCCCGCUCUCGGUGUCCCCCAAGGAUCGCAGAACAACUCGGCUGGCGAGUCGCUGCCGGGCCAGCACUCGACCUUCCGCGUGGGCGUCACGGAGGAUAAGAACAAGAAAUGCCGGAGAACCAUGGAAGACACCCAUGCGUACCUAUACAACUUCCUUAGCACGCCGCAGCCUUCGCUCGAGCACUCUAGGCGCAAGGGCUCUAACUCUACGCAGGAUUCCAAGCCAAGCCUCUCUGACGUCUCAGAGCAGCCGGUGCUGGAGACGGACAACGGUUACUUCGCCAUCUUCGACGGCCAUGCGGGUACUUUCGCGGCGGAUUGGUGUGGCAAGAAGCUGCACUUGCUCCUCGAGGACGCCAUUCGCAGGCAGCCCAACACGCCGAUCCCCGAGCUGUUAGAUCAGACUUUCACCAGUGUCGAUCAGCAAUUGGAGAAGCUCCCACUGAAGAACAGUGGCUGUACUGCUGUCAUUGCCGUGCUGAGGUGGGAGGACAGGGUACCCAAUGCCAACUCAGCCACGGGAUCAACGUCGAUUGCCCCCCUUGCUGCCGCUGCAUCUUCGCGGGCAACACAAGAGGGCAAUGCAGAUGUUACUGCCGCAGCGGAUCCUUCCGCAGCAAACCCGGACGCGAACCCCGCGGUUCCAGCUCCAAUUGAACCUGGUGACCCUCAUGCUACAGAGGCGAAGCUCAGGGAAUCCGCUACACGCCAGCGCGUGCUGUACACAGCCAACGUUGGUGAUGCUCGCAUUGUCCUGUGCCGUAAAGGAAGGGCGCUCCGUUUAUCGUACGACCACAAGGGCAGUGACGAGAACGAAGGCAGACGCAUCGCUAACGCUGGAGGACUCAUUCUGAACAACCGUGUGAACGGUGUCCUAGCCGUCACUCGUGCCCUUGGCGAUGCAUACAUGAAGGACCUGGUAACUGGACAUCCUUACACAACAGAAACGGUCAUACAGCCCGACCAGGACGAAUUCAUUAUCCUGGCUUGCGAUGGUCUUUGGGAUGUUUGCUCUGACCAAGAGGCUGUGGAUUUGAUCCGCAACAUCAAAGACCCGCAAGCAGCAUCGAAGGCGCUCGUCGACCACGCUCUUUCCAGGUUCUCCACCGACAACCUGUCCUGCAUGAUUGUCCGCUUUGACAAUGAGGCUUUGCUAGCACGACAGACUGAUUCUUCCAUUGGCGUGGAUGGAGACGCCCUUCACAAGAAAGGAGGCGUGAGCGAGACGGAAUCGAUUGUUGGACAGGCAAAGAGGAGUCUCGGCGAUGUCAGCGAGACAGACUUAGAACAAGUCAGCGGCGAGAUGAUCUUGGAGGAAGAAGAGGCAGAUCCUGGCCCCGAACUCAAUCCAGAGGCGCUAAAGGCCGCUAGAAAGGACAUCAAGAAGGACAAAGAUCAGAAAUGA